AUGGCAGAAGAAGCAUUCAUCAAAAGUACUUUUGACUUCGCUUUGAAGCUCUUUAAGGAAGUCAGCAAAGAAUUCAAAGAAAACGAUUUUUUCGUCUAUUCCCCGCUUUCGAUCCAGUCAUGCUUGACUCUCCUCUACAUGGGUGCGGAAGGAAUUUCCGCCAAAUCCAUCGCAGAAGCCCUUGCCUACAAUCAAAAAUUGAGCAAAGUCGAUAUCGCGUGCCUCAUCAAACAUCUCAUGGAACAAAGUGAGGAAGAAGAUUCCAUCGAAGUUGCCAAUGCGAUUUUUCUGUUGGAUCCUUCGGCGAAAAUUAGUGAUUUUUACAAGAAAAUUAUUCAAACGUAUUUUCAUUCAAGUAUCGAGCCAUUGACAGAUAACGAACAAAAAUUGGUCAAAGCCAUCAAUGAUUGGCUCAGUAAAGCUACUCAUAAGAGGAUGAAAGAAAUGUUGACGGCACAAGAUUUGGUCGAUUCGGCGAAAAAUGAACGCAAAAAAAUGAUUGUACUGGAUGCCUUGUACUUUAAGGGACGAUGGGCGUAUGCUUUUGACAAGGCACUCACGGUGAAACGGAAGUUCUGGCAUACAAAGGAAGCGUUUAUCGAGGUACCGACAAUGCAGAUAACGAACUUUUUCAACUACGCCCGUUUCGAAGAACUCAAAUUCUCCGUCUUGGAACUAAAUUACGUCGAUUCUGAGUUAUCUCUCAUGAUUUUUCUACCGGAUGAGCCAUCCCAACUGACCUUAAUCGAAGAAAAUGCGGAUCAACUCAAACUUUAUGACAUCGUAACGAUGCUUUAUUUGAAAACUGUUCAAGUAUUUCUUCCGAAAUUCACGUUGGAGACAAAAUUUGACCUGAAAAACUCGUUCAAAGCGAUGGGCAUGGAGAAUCUCUUCACCGCAGAUGCAAAUUUCAAAGGAAUUUUCGAGAAAAAAGGAACUUGUGUCGACAGUAUCUUUCACAAGACAGUUUUUGCGGUAGAUGAGGAAGGCACCGCCGUGUAUGACAAAGAUUUUGGGAAAGUUGAUGUUGUGUUCGACGUCAACAGGUCAUUUUUCUUCUGUUUGAAGCACAAAUUCGAGCAUAAUGUCGUGAUAAGUGGUUGCGUUCGUAAAUUUUAA